AUGUCUAGUAACGAGUCCAAAAGAAACGAGAGUUUAUCAGAAAAUUCGAGUAAGUCUAAAAGCGCGUUUGAUGAUAGUGACACAAGCUCCUCGGGAUCAAUGGGUUAUGUCGAAUCGUAUAGUCUUGCCUACGACGAUGAACCACUCGCAGACCCAGAGGAAAAUACCGAUUUAGUUACUGAAGAUCCAGAUGGAUUACUGCCUGCGACAUUGGAAAAAAGACUUGACGGCAGAAUACCUUUAGAGCAGUGGUGCAGUUGCAAAUGUUGCCAAAUUGAAUUGUUGGAUGGUGCUAUGGAAUAUAGAUGCUGCAAGGAGAUGACACCAGCCUUGCGUAUCAUGACAUUUGAUGGCAGCAUUGAAAAAAUUACAUGCAUCACCCAACAUGAAGAUUUUGGCCCAAUGACCUAUCAAACUGUUCUUGAGAAUGUUGGACCACUGCUUAGAGAUCGAAAUGGUCGGUCAUACCGUCGUCGUGGAUCCCAAUCAUUAAAUCAAUAUUUGAGAGCUGUUGCCUACAGGUGGCUAAUUAAAUGGAUGUGUGGUCUAUUGGGGUGGGAAAACACAAGGCCUUUACCAGCAUGUGUUUACCAUCUCAUUAGGAAGAAAUAUCCAACACCAGACACCAAAGGUUAUACCCCAGCUGAACAACGUAUGUAG